GAGGAGGGGGAGGAGAAAGAGAAGAAGGAGGAGGAGAAAGAAGAGGAGGAGGAGGUGAACAACUUAGCCUGCUGAGCUCUCUUUGGGGAAUACGUGCAUCAAGAUUUAGAUCUGCAUGUAAAAUCCAUACAAAGUAUUUGCCACUACAGGUCUGACUUCUCCUCCCCCGGGUUUUUUUUUUUUUCUUUCUGUUUUUUUCUGCUGUGUCAAAGACCAAGACAGAACUAUCUCUGUUUCUGGCUCCACUGCCAGUAAAGGAGUUUUCAUUCAGACUUUCCGAAUAAAGGUGGAGAAACCUAGACUCAUGAGAAGAGAUCCUUUGAGCCAGAUGGGGCAUUAAUUCUUCCGCUUUUCUCAACAUGGUUAAACCCCUUCCUCAAGGAUUUUCUGAUGUAUCCUGAGGUCCAUGUAACUACAAGGGCUCUACUUUAUCACCACAAGUGCCACCCAGACCCCAAACCACUCAGAGCUCAAAAGUCAAGUCAAAAUGGAUGCCACAGUGACAGAUGAUUUUCAACAAAUUCUGCCUAUUGAACAGUUAUGCUCUACUCAUGCUAGCAAUGAUUAUGUGGAACGGCCUCCAGCCCCCUGUAAACAGGCCCUCUCCAGUCCUUCCCUUAUCAUGCAAACCCACAAAUCUGAUUGGUCUCUGGCUACCAUGCCUACUGCUCUCCCCCGCAGUCUCAGCCAGUGCCAUCAAUUACAGCCCUUGCCUCAGCAUCUGAGCCAAUCUAGCAUUGCCAGCUCAAUGUCCCAUAGCACCACUGCCUCUGAUCAAAGGCUCUUGGCCAGCAUUACACCCUCACCUUCAGGCCAGUCCAUCAUCCGAACCCAGCCUGGAGCAGGGGCCCACCCAAAGGCUGAUGGUGCUCUGAAGGAAGAAGCUGAGCAAUCUGCUGGGCACCGAAGUGAGCACCUAUUCAUCUGUGAGGAGUGUGGGCGCUGUAAGUGUGUCCCAUGCACAGCAGCUCGCUCUCUCCCCUCCUGCUGGCUGUGCAACCAGCGUUGCCUUUGCUCUGCUGAGAGCCUCCUCGAUUAUGGCACUUGUCUCUGCUGUGUCAAGGGCCUCUUCUACCACUGCUCCACUGAUGAUGAAGACAACUGCGCUGAUGAGCCCUGCUCAUGCGGGCCUAGCUCUUGCUUGGUCCGUUGGGCAGCUAUGAGCCUCAUCUCCCUCUUCUUACCCUGCCUGUGCUGCUACCUGCCUACCCGUGGAUGCCUCCAUCUAUGUCAGCAGGGCUAUGAUAGCCUCCGGCGACCAGGCUGCCGCUGUAAGAGGCACACCAACACUGUGUGCAGAAAAAUCUCUUCUAGUAGUGUGUCCUUCCCCAAAUCCCAGGAAAAGUCCGUAUGACCUUCCCACAAGAUGGAUCCAGAUAUUUCUCCUUAGCCCCCAUCAUUAAAGCAUAGGCCUCAUCGUUGGAGUUGGGGGAGUAAUAAACUAGCCAAAGUUAGGACCUCACCUCUUUUGUUCCUGCAAUGUCAGGGGAAUGACCAAGUACAUCCCGAUGCAGGAUGCCUUGUUCUUUCUCACAGUAUUUACCCACUUCCCUUCAGUUGUUUUACACCCAGCCAGCUCAGCCCUUAUGGCUGUCAUGGCAAAUUCAGGUGAUAUGUGGACAUGAGGUUUGGAUACUGAGGACUGACAGAGCCAGCAACGUGGAGGUUUAGGGGCUCCCCAACAUAAUGCCUCUCGAUGCAGGCUCUGAUUGUCACUCUGCUUUCCACAAUGCUUUUGGAAACUUUCUUCUAAGAUGGUUUUCACAGGCACAUGUGGAAUAGUGUUCAACCUUCAGGGGAAUAUGACCCCUUCUCCCUGUUUACUGCCCUUCUCUUCUUCAUUCCUCUGCCUGUCUUUCUUCUUGUGUCCUUUUCUUUCAGUAUUCAGUUAUGUAUUCUUCCCUCCUUCAUUCUCACCCUUUCUACUUCUACUUUUACUUUCUUUUUCCUCUCUUCCUUACUACUCCCCAUUACUCUCUUUCAGACUUAUCCUUUCUCUGCCUGUAUUUGUAUCUUGUUUUAUCUUUGUCUACCUAUCCCUCUUUCUCUAACAUGUCCAAAAGUGCUGUUUUUCCAUAGGUGUUUCCUUAGAUGCCAAUCUUUGCUAUGCUAUAUAAUAGUUACUAAUUUUUAUUAAGGGAAAUGGAUUACUGUAAUGAACUGAUCACUAGCAAUAGUCUGUAUCCCAACUUACGUGUGCACUCACAACCACUCUCAAUUGUUUGUGAGCAUAUUACACAGUUAUCUUAUAUCUCCAGGUUUACUUAUUUGAAGUUUUCCUCCCCUUGCCAAUAAUUGACUUAAAGUUCUGACAGAUUCCAGUAGCAUGCUGAAUAGGAUAGUAAAUCAGGAUGCUCAUAACUUUGUAUGUCUGACCCAAGUGCCAAAGGCAGACGUGCUUUAUAGCUAAAGGAACAAAGCAAAGGAUAUUACAGAAGUAUGUUCUCUUCUUAGAAGCUAACUGUCCUGAGACUGCAUGGCUCAGGGCUUAAUAAUGGACUUUAAAAGUCAUAAAACUUUAGAGCUGGAAGAAAUCUUAACUGUUAAUCUAGUUCAUUGCCCUUAUUUUACAUAAGGGAAAACUGAGGCCUGGAGAUAGGAAGGCACUUGCCCAAGGCUACACACUGAGUUAAUAGCAGAAUUAGAACUGGAAUACAGAUCUUCUGACUCCUAGUUCAGUCUUCUUUCCCCUGUUCCACAUUGAGUCAUGGGACGUUUUCCUAGGACUCUAUUAACAGUGAGAGAAAGACAUUCCCAUCCAAUUACUUUCCAGGAACCAUGCCAAUCUACUGUGGCAGUCUUUCUGCAAUUCAUGGUGGGUAGCUAAUUAACUAUCAGGUGUUAAGGCUGUCUCCAGUGGACAUCACCUUUGGCUCUGUCACCUUGUAGAAUCUCAAGUGUGGAACAAAAAAGCUUAAAGAAGCCCUAACCACGCUAUAUCUUCGCCAUUGCAUCUACUCUUUGCUGCACACACUGUGCUUGCUCCUGGCUUUGUCUGCAAUGGCAGCUGCCUGAGAACCUAAAUUUCAGCAACAGUAAAAAACUGAUAUGACAGAUGUAUAAUACAGAGAACUGACUUCUCUGUUAAGAAAAUACAGAGAGCCUAUGCUGUGAACCCCGUUCCAUGGGAAAAGGAUGCAGUGGUGAUGGCAGGCUACUACAGACUACUGCUAAAAGACACAAGAAUUACAUAAUUUCCCUCUGUUAGUGAAUCCUAAAUUCACUAAGGAAUUCAGAGAUUGAGGGCACUUCCUUGAAAUCAAGGUGCUCCAACUUAGUUUAAGACUUCCAGACUCUAACUUUAUAUAUCAUCUCUUUUAAAGUGUGCAUGGAUGUGUGUUGAAGGGUGGAGAGGUAGGGGAAAGUGUAUAGUUGUACACAGGGGGAGGAAGGGGACAUCCAUCUCCCUUUGUUGGAUACAUAUUACAGAAAUAUGUACCAC